UGUUUCAUUUUCCUCAUCGUUCCGUGUUUUUUAAUUUUUACUUAUUUAAACAAAUGUUUUGUGCAUAAAAAUAUGGAAAUAGUAAAUGAUAACAUAAAAUUCUAAGUUAUUUUUUAAUCUUAUGUUACUUUGUGAUUGAAUGUCUAACUGUGGAUAAAGGAAUCUUCUGAAAGUUCUUUCUGUAAAGAUGGGUGAAGAAUUAUCAGCAUUAUUAACAGACAUGGCGCAGUUGGGAAUCGAAAUUAAAAAAAAUAAUGUAAGCAAUUGUAAUGUUGUAAAUGAGGAAGAUGAAUUGAAACAGGAUGAGGAAAUUCCAGAAGUGUCACCAAAAAUGUGCCUUCGUAAACGUGCAUCCUGCCAAGACACACUUCAUCGCACAAGAAAUCGCAAAAUCACAAAACCCAAGAGAAACUCAAAAAACGCGAUGCAAUUUGAGACUGAAAAACAAACAAAGAAUUUUUACUUAAACAUUAACAAAAAAGUUAAAUUAAAGCCAACAAUUCUUGAAACAAUAUACGAGCAAGAUGAGUCACUUUCAGAUGUAAAUGAGGAAAAGAAAAAAGAAACUGGUCGUAAAUUGAAACGUACACUUGCUAUCUGUGAUGGACUCAACAUUACAAAAAGCUUGAAAGAUAAAAGAAAGAAUUUGAUAAAAAAACAUUUAGGCAAUAAAAAACGACCUAAGAAAAUCGCGCUCGCUAAAUUCAUGGAAUACUUCAAAGAGAAAAUAGCAGUUAGUAGUAGCAAUGAUGUUAUGGAGACAAUUGAAUGGUAAAUGAAUAGGCUUUAACAUUCGUGUCGCAAGAGAGCGAAGUAGCAACAAACUGAUUAAUUUUAAAGCACGUUCUCGAAAAUAAAAACUUUGUCGUUGGUUGGCACAGCAGAAGAACACAAAAUAAGUCGAAAAAAAUUCUCAUGUACCUUUUUUUUCUUUAUCAUCUUUGUUGUGUAAAAGAAACUUUAAAUUAAGUGAAUAAAAUUCCUUUUUUUCUUGUAUAAGUUUACACA